GCCAUGGCCGAGGAAGGCCUCAAUGACCAGCUCGUGGCGCUCGUGACCGACCUCGUCCGGCGGGAAGUCGACGCGCUCUUCACAUCCCGCGACGCGGCGAUCGCGACGCUCACGGCGCAGGUGCAGACGCUCAUCUCAGACGUCGAGCGCAUCACGGCCGAGCUCGAGGCGCGCGCAUCGUGGAACCGGCCCGUCGUCAAGUACGAGCUCUCGCCAGUAAAGGCGCUCGAGUCGCCGACGCGCAAGAAGCCUACGUCGUUCCAGCGCCUCCCGUCGCUGCUCGACCUCGCCGACGACGCGGGCCGCAGCGAAGACGGCAAGCUCCUCUUUGCCAAGAACCUGCCGCGCGUCGCCAGCAUCGACAAGCAGACGCAGCGGGACACCGCACAGCUCAAACAAAAAGCCUACGAGUCGGCCAUGACCCGAUACCCCGAGUGUCGCAGCACCGUCUUUGCGCCGAGCUCGUUCAACCCGGCGCGGUCGACGCUCUUGGACCCACCUGCCAUGACGCUGCAGCUGCACCGGGCGACCGGGUACCAUCCGAGUGCAACGUCCAACGUGCUCUACUUGGCGUCCGGCGAGGUGGUGUGGUGCACGGCGAUGCUGGUCGUCCUGUACGCCAAGCGCCGCCAAACGCAGCGCUUUUACAGCGGCCACACGCGCGAAAUCACGGCGCUCGGCCUCCACCCCAACCAAACCACGAUCGCAUCCGGCCAGUGCGGCAAGGACGCCGCUUCGAUCCUCGUCUGGGACGCCGUGCGGGCCAAGGACGACCCGACGCACAUUCUCGCUACCCUCCGCGGCCAAACCGUCCAUAUCAAGAGCAUUAGCUUCUCCCACGACGGCAAGCUCGUCGCGUCCUUGGGCGGCGACCUCUACAACUCGAUUUGCAUCCACGAGUGGCAAGACGAGACGCUCUUAAUCAAGAUUCGAGGCCACAGCGCCAAGGUGCACAUGCUCGCGUUCAACCCGUACCAAGCGUAUGGCAUCCCGGACAAGACCAAGACGCUUGUCGCGCCGGCCAAGAACGGCAAGAGAGCCAAGUACGCUGUCGACCUGCACGCACAGCCAGGCCAAGCGCUGCGGGACGAGGACGCCUGCUAUACACUCGUGUCGUGCGGCGUCCAGCACAUCAAGUUUUGGACGCUGACGCAGACCGAGUACGCCCCGCCCGUCACGGCUGAAAAAGAAGACAGUGCGUUUUACGGCUCGUCGUUUGGCGGACCGAAUCGCAUGCGUCAGUUGACACCCCAUGAAAAAGUGUGGAAGCUCGAGGGCAACCCGCCGUUGAUGAAGAGCGACCCGCAAGACUUUACCUACGUGUGCUUUUGCAACGACAUGCCGCCGCUGCACGUCUACGACGAAGGCUCGGACCAGCUCCUUCCGUCGCCAACCGCCAAGGAGACGUCACUGGGGCGCGUCGUCGCUGGCACGGCCAAAGGCGACUUGUAUGUCUUUUGGCAGCCGCGCAAGAUGCCACUGUACGCCGCGCACGUCGCCGACCAAGCGAUUGUUCCGCGCAAGUGGUGGGAGCUGCCGGUGACCGAGUGGCAGCUUCCGGACGACACGUCGGCGCUCAUGCAGCAUCUGCACUUUGAGCCCACCGCCAAGCUCGUCGAGAUCGUGCCCCACGAUGUCGCCACCGGCAACAAGUUCAAGGUCUCACGCCACGCACAAGCCGAGCUCGCCGACCUCACCCAGCGGCUUGCGCUCAAGCCCGACGCCAAGUCGGUGCUGGAUCGCAUGCGAGCCAUCGAGUACAAGGGCCCACUCGCCCACACGGCGCUCUGCUCGCACGUAGCGAGCGACGGGAAGCGCAACCGCAUUGCGUCGGUCGGCUUUGACGGCCUCGUGCAUGUCUGGUGCUUGCAUCUUGUCGAGCCGAUGCGGGUCCCAGGCACGCAUACGCUCGGCGAAUAUGCGCCGAUCGGCGGCGCGGCCAACAGCUCCGACGGCCGGCACCGCCUCCAGCUCGAAGUGUCGCUCGAGCUGCCGGUGAAGGCCAAGCCCGCGAGCUUAUCACUCCAAGGCGACGCGCUCCUUCUGGGCCUGGCCAACCAUAGCAUUUACGAGUGCAUCUUGACCGACAACGACGACGAGGCUGAGACCGACUGGGUUUUGCUCCAAGAAGGCGUCGAUGGCGCGGUUGUUGGCGGCGCGAUUGUCGACGACACGCUCGUCACGGUUUCGACCGACCAAUCGCUGCGCUGGUGGUCACUGCCGACGCACGAGUGUCUUGGUCGCAUCGGGCUCCGGAGCAUGGGCACGUGCGUCGACGCGCAGUCGUCGACAGCCGACGUCGCUAUCGGGUGUGCGUCCGGCGAGCUGCUGAUUCUGAACGCCACCGGCGACAUGACCGAGAAGCGGCUCAUCAAGGUCGUUGCUACGGAUGCGAUCACGGUCGUCAAGAUCAGUCCGGAUGCCAAGUACAUUGCGGUCGGCGGCAAGGACAACUGCGUCUACCUCGUGGACACAACAAACUACAAGCGCGUCGCCAAGUGCGAAGGCCAUGCCACGUACGUCGCCCACAUGGACUGGAGCGUCGACGGAUACUUGCUCCAAACCAACGCGGCCGACGGCGAGAUCUUGUACUGGCAAGUGACACCCGGGCCAAAUCUCCGGCAAAUCACCGAUGCCAUCCUCAUGCGCGAUAUCCUCUGGCACCGGUGGAGCUGCGUGUACGGGUGGUCCGUCCAAGGUAUCUGGGGCGACGACGGCAGUGCGUGCACCGACAUUCUCUCGCUCUCUCCGCUUGACGUGCCGCCGCACGACCCGAGCGCCGUCGCCGCCGACGUCCACCAUGUGCUGGUCGGCCACCGGGCUAGCCUCCGGAGCUUUCGUUGGCCCUGCCUGCGCUCGGCGCCCUACCAUGUCUACGACGGCCACGCAGGCAACAUCACAGCGGUCCUAUGCUGGUCCUAUGCCGGCAGCGCACGGGUGCUCACGCUUGGUGGCGCCGACAGCACGAUCCUCGAGUGGCGCGCGUUGCCGUCGACAGCAACGCUGGCCGAGGCAAGUGUCGACGACGAGACGCCGCUCGAAGCAACGGAAGCGGUGCCGACACCCGAGGCGACGCCGGCGUGCGACGACGACGACGCGAGCGACGUGGGUGACGCCGCCGUGACGCCGGUGCGCCCGGCGCGGACUCCGGACCGCCGGACGCCGCGAACGCCGCGGGUCAAAGACGACGGCGUGCGCGAGACAAGCCCGGUGGCUGCGACGAUCGCGUGUCGGCGCGCCAAGUUUGAUUUCACAGGCGAGAACGACGACGAGCUGAGCUUCCGCGCCGGCGAAGUGGUGCGGAUCCUGGACAAGCGGCCCGGCGACUGGUGGUUUGGCGAGACGUGCAACGGCCAAAAGGGCAUCUUCCCGAGCGACUAUGUCGAGGCCAACGACGGGCUUCUCGAGGUGCUGGCAUCGUAGAUCUUAGUGAGGACAAUAAUAUGACGUGGCAAAAUGUGAGACGGGUUUAUAUUAGA